GUGCUGUUGGUAGCAUAUGGCUUUUGGCUGUUUCAUGCCGACAUGCACCCGCAACAAGUGCAUAAUGCUUCUAUUGAUACCUUAGGUAGGUAGGUAUAGUAAGCUGGUCGAAUAGUCGUCUUAUCUUGAAUAAUUAAGUCGGCUAUUACUUUGCCGCAAGGGACGGAUUAGUUCCCCUACAUAGCCUCACAUACUCUUAAGCGCUGAUGAUAUAAUACAACCCCCUUUGCUCCUUUUCUAGGUAGCUAUAUCGUCAUUAUCAGUCUCGUCAACCAAGAGAAGAAUAUAGUCAGCUUCUAACUUGAAGAACUACCAUUGCAUACCCAUGUAGCAUCGGAGCCCGCUAGCGUAAAUAUUGCAGUAAAUUGGUUCCCCAGCACGAGGCUUUGAGAGGACAUUACACGGCAUACAAUGUCGUGCGUGGUCCCUAGAUAGAAGUACCGCCUCGUUCUGAUAAGCUGACACAGGAUAGGCCUUCUGCACCUUAUUGUGACGGAUCCCCCCUAGCUGAGAAUGGUUGGUUUCAAAAUAGCUACCGUAUAUAGUUGGUGCAUAUCAUAUCAAAAAUGAGUAUGCUUCCAUAACGCAUCGCUCAAACCAACUCCUUUCGUAUAAUCGGCCGCCGCCAUAUCAUUUUCUAGACACAAUGGGUUCAUAUAUUUCAGUUGUUGACUGCAAGGCAGACUACAACAUCACCUUAGAUUGUUCUAUUGGAAACACCACUAUGGGCGAAACAUCGAUUACAAGGAUCGGGAGCUAUACUAAAGGACAAUUUCCUGGAGAUCCGGAUAUUGCUGGCAUAGGAAUUCUUGCUGUUUUUGUUGCCGUUACCUCAUUUGCGAUAAUCACCGGCACCGUGUCGAUUAUUUGGAAAUUAGCAAAGAGGUUCCACUGGAAGACGACCUAUAAUGAAAAACAGAAGAAGGAGAGACAGCAUUUUACAAGUUUCUCUGAUAUCUUGGAAACUCUGGUCCUGGCUUGUAGUGAUCAGCAGGUCUUCACGGGAGCUGCGUACGCGCUCACACUUCGGUACUGGAGAGGCUGUACGAUCUCGGCCUAUCACUAUAACAUCGUUGCGAAUAUGAUGCUUCUCACCUGCGCCACGCACCUGAUAUCGGUCACCAUCGUCCGAAACUAUUGGAAGUUUCCAUGGCUGGCCGCCCUUCGCGUCAUCUCGAUAACAGCUGUUUUCGCAGUCACGGGAUUGCUCAUGACCAACCAGAAUGCAGACAUGGAAAUGCUAUUUCCCACUGGAAUACCGGACGCCAAUGCGACUGAUAGCUCCAUCUUUCUCCCAGCUGCUUGCUUCCAGGGCGGAUCUCAUACGACCUUGGAUACAGUAAAGGAGACUACUUUGAAUGUCCAUGCCUUCUUCAAGGACAAUAUUGCUCAGUCGACACCACGCAACAAAAUCCAAGGCUGGAAUUUAUACAUCCUCACCCUUCUCUUCUACGGGGCCGCUAUAGUUGCCGAGUUGGUUAGGUUAAUUCGACGUAGCAAAAGUAGACCCGGCUGGAGAGGUCACGUCGGCAAUCAAUUUCGAAAGUGCGGUAGCCUCGGAACGGCCGCAAGGAAGAUCUCGCAGUGGGUAUCCACGAUCUACCUUCUGGCUGGCGUAAUCUUGAGCUAUGUUGUUACCGGCAUAUCGACACGCUAUAUAUUCGAACUUCGAAAAUGGGUUGAUAGGUCAGGAUGGAUUAACCCACAAAACAACCAGAACCCAGAAAACGACGCCAAAAGCUUCGGCCAGCUAGUUCCUAUAAUUUCUAGCGUGUUGAUCGUUUUUAGCUUCGCUCAGAUUAUAAGUGAGAAAUGCACAAACCACAACAACCGUAAGCAUAGCGACGAAGAGAUGCCGUCGCAAGCUGGCACCGUCGAAUACCUCGGUUCAUCUAGGUACAACAUGGUGCCUCAGUCGACUCCAGAAAAAUAUAAGCCGAUGCACUAUAGGUCGGUAGAAGCAAGUGCGGCCAGCUUUCCAUCGCAAGUUGGCUUAGAAGACCAGUUGCCUUGGGGGGAAAGCGUGAACUCUGGUGGGAUGGUGGCCACGCCACUGCUCAGCGGUAGCCCUUAUUCCUCUGCCUCGGGAACACCAGGUACGCAACAGCCUAUGACGAAUGAUUCCCGCCAUAGCAUCUUGCCCGAACGACAUACACCGAAGUCGCGCAGUUUAAUUAGAACUUCGAACCCUUCUCUGGAGUCGAUGUCGAGGCCAGAAGGUGGGCCAGCAAAUACCGACGGGUUAUGGAUUCGGCUGUCUUAGGGUUAAAAGAUGUGUUAUACCUUGUAGGUAGUUGUAAUAAUGUAGGUUAGUGAUCUUGGGUUGGGGGUAUUAGUCUUGAUUAUUUUGCUGAGUUAUACUUUUAGCUGUACUUGUUAUUGCUCCUAUUGAUAUCCGUUUCUAUAGCUAAGACUUGAGAGCCUUUAAUUUAUACAAACGAAGAAAAUAUGCGGAUUAAUGUAUCUGUAUACUGGAAUCCGAUCUAGGUCAAACAAUGCAAAGAUGUUGUAUUGAGAUAAAU